GUGGUCGGAGUCCGGCCACCGGCCACGGUAGGAGCCAAGAAUUGCCCGUGUUACCCGUGACUACACGGGUUAAGCAGAUCCGGUAUCGAUUCUUAAGCAUCCCCAGUUCCCCACAUUUGCCUUUAUCGGGUUCAUUGCUCCAAGGUCCCUCUGGUUCGGACUGUGUUCAGUAUCACUGGAACAGUUUUCUUUACCCUAGAUCGAGAUCAUGGCAAAGAGGUUUUAGAGGGUUGAGUGAGCUCGGAUUGUAGAAGGAUCGAGGAACCGCUGGGGGUCUGGGGUGGAACAUUCACAUGCACCCUAGAGGAGGAUCGAGGAUUGUGGUUUCCGACUGUGAGUCUCGAGCCCUUUUCUUGUUUCCCGAACUUCAACUAUUUUUUGUUGUCAGCUACAAAGGGUUUAGCAAGAAUGGCAUGGAAGAGUAUUCUGCAAAUUGCAGGUAAGAUGCUCCACGGGGUUCUUUCUGCUGCAUAGGUUCGUUACCAGUUACAAAAAAAUAGGAACACAAGCAUUGAUAUCAUGAAGUCUCAAAACGGAAGAAGAGAAUGGAAAACUGAGGAGGAAGCAUUGUUGGCAAGAAACAAAUUAGACACGCGGAGAGGAAGUGUUGAGAUUUUUUGACUAGAGGAUUUUGUGCAUAGCGAGAAGGGAAAGACAGUAGGAGAAUACAAAUGUAAAAAAACAUUUUCUAGGAAGAACAAAAAGGUAGAGAUGAGAAACCAUCUUUGUUUCCCGUCGAUCCCCCUCUGCUUUCUUUUCCUUCUUUCUCCGACCUCGAGUUUUGCAUAACAGCGGUAAUGGCAGUCAGGUGACAGUGACAGUAACCCAGCAGAAGCAUUUCUCUCUGAGGGUAGUGAACAACAAGACUUGCAGGUUCUUUCUUGGUUUUGGAUCGAUCUGUUCACCCUCAAGCUUCCUUUCUCACCGAUAGCCAUGAAAUCUGUGCACUCGUCCAAUGUAUCCUUCUAAGAUUGCAGCUAAAAGAGAAGGAAAUUCAGGAUAAUUCAAGGCCAACCAAUCUAUCACGUUUAAAAGAUAUGGGUUCUCAUUGAGUACAGUUUAUUAGAAAAUGAUUAGAACCUGGUUGCUUUCGAAACCAGAGCUUUGAGAUCUCAGUGUCACUACUUUUGCUGAGGUUAUUAAUGGAGUUCACAGAGGCUUAUAAACAGACAGGUCCUUGUUGUUUCUCACCAAAUGCACGUUAUCUUGCUGUUGCUGUUGAUUAUCGCCUAGUGAUUCGGGAUGUUCUCUCACUCAAGGUUGUACAGUUAUUUUCUUGCUUGGAUAAGAUAAGCUAUAUUGAAUGGGCUCUUGACUCUGAGUACAUACUAUGUGGUCUUUAUAAGAGACCAAUGAUACAGGCAUGGUCAUUAACCCAGCCUGAAUGGACCUGCAAAAUAGAUGAAGGUCAUGCUGGGAUUGCUUAUGCAAGGUGGAGCCCUGACAGUCGUCACAUACUCACAACAUCAGAUUUUCAGUUACGUCUAACAGUUUGGUCACUGGUAAACACAGCCUGCAUACAUGUACAAUGGCCAAAGCAUGCUUCUAAGGGUGUUUCGUUUACACAAGACGGAAAAUUUGCUGCCAUCUGCACUAGACGUGAUUGCAAAGACUAUAUUAAUCUGCUGUCUUGUCAGACAUGGGAGAUGAUGGGUGUUUUUGCUGUUGACACGUUAGAUUUAGCUGAUAUUCAAUGGUCACCGGAUGAUAGUGCUAUAGUGAUCUGGGAUUCACCUCUUGAGUAUAAGGUUCUGAUUUAUUCUCCUGAUGGGAGGUGUUUAUUUAAAUACCAAGCAUAUGAAAGUGCAUUAGGUGUGAAAAGUGUUUCUUGGUCCCCAUGUGGCCAGUUUCUAGCAGUGGGUAGUUAUGACCAGAUGCUACGGGUAUUGAAUCACCUGACAUGGAAAACAUUUGCUAAAUUUAUGCACUUAUCUUCAGUCCGUGCUCCUUGUAGUGCCCCUGUUUUCAAGGAGGUGGAUGAACCUUUACAACUUGAUAUGUCGGAAUUACGUAUAAGUGACGACUUCAUACAGGGCAAUUCUGAAAAUGCUCCAGAGGGACACUAUAGAGUCAGGUACAAGGUAAUGGACCUACCCAUUACCUUGCCUUCUCAAAAGCCUCCUGUAGACAAGCCAAACCCUAAGCAAGGCAUCGGUCUAUUGUCAUGGAGCACCGACAGCCAGCAUCUCUUCACUCGUAAUGAUAACAUGCCAACUGUUCUCUGGAUAUGGGACAUUCGCCAUCUUGAGCUUGCUGCAAUCUUGGUACAGAAGGAACCUAUUCGUGCAGCAGCAUGGGACCCAACAUGCGCACGUCUUGUUCUGUGCACUGGAAGCUCACACCUGUAUAUGUGGACCCCCUCUGGUGCAUACUGUGUGAAUAUUCCGUUGCCCCAACUUAACAUUACUGAUCUGAAAUGGAAUUCAGAUGGAAGUUGUCUUCUCCUUAAGGACAAAGAGAUGUUCUGUUGUGCCUCAGUGCUCAUGCUCCCAGAUUCUAGCGAAGAUAGCUCAGAUGAAUGAAUGUUGUUUUUAUUUUCCAGCUGUAAUGAGCAAAUAUAAUGGUUUUGUAAUUUUAAGAGCGGACAUUUUUGGUGGCUUCCCUGAUAUUCUCUCCUUUUUUCUUUUAGCAAUGUAAUAUUUUCAUGCAUUUUUAUAUUGAUUACAUGUUAGCAUUACCAAUCCUUGCCAAGACUAGUAUGCUCGGAUUAUUUUA